CACCUGCCUGACGUCAGUAGCCGGAGUUCUGCGUGUCCGGAUGUGUUGUUAAUAUCGUACGUGGAUGUGGAAUAUGAUGGAAAGUCGAGGAGUUUCAUCGAUUAUAUUUGACUUGGAUAACACGCUGGUCGAUACAGCCGGCGCAGGACGAAUUGCCAUUGAGAAGGUGUGUGAGCUGCUGAACUCAAUGCAUGUACAGGAAAGCCACAUCAAAGACAUCUGUCAUCGCUUUUUGCGAAAGCUUCUCCGCGAAUCGUUCGACCCGUCAGAAGGAAAAACAAUAGAUGAUGUGAGGAUCCAUCACUGGUAUGAAGCCCUACAGGAGACGCAGGGCACCGAUCCUGAUCCGGCUCUGGCCAAUAGCUGCUACGACACAUGGAAGAACACACGAUUACAGGUGUUGACUCUUACUCCUGAGGUUCGAUCCCUCCUGGAGGAACUGCGGAAGAACUACAAACUGCUUCUGCUCACCAACGGCGAUACUCAGACGCAGUGGGAGAAGAUCGAAGCGGUGAGAUGUGAGGGCCUCUUUAGUUUGGUGGUGGUCGGAGGAGAUCAUCCUGAGCAGAAACCUGCGCUCUCAAUCUUUACUCACUGCUUCGAGUCUGCGGGAGUCCGGCCGAAGGAUUGCAUCAUGGUGGGAGAUUCUCUCAGCACAGACAUCCAGGGAGGCAUUAAUUCAAGAGUGCGGGCCACCGUGUGGAUAAACAGAGACUGUAAAUCUCUCCCACAGGGCUCUGUGACUCCAGACUACACUGUUCCUAGUGUACUGAAUCUGAACGAUGUUCUACUUGAACUGAGUUGAUGUUUACCUAAACUUGUCCUCUCUUACAGUGGCCACAUAACCAGCCAAAUGACAAUCUGAAUGUUCGACUACUAAAUAUUCUUUCUCCUAAGUGGAUGUCUAAUUUGAUCAAUAGACUAACUACAAAACAUCAUGUAACGGUGAUUAUGCAAAUGCCCUUUUUAAUUCAGUUUUAAGUUUAUUGAACAGGACAUUAGCUAUACAGCUCUGUUCAAGGAACAUUAAACUGUAUUGCAUGCCUCUUAUGUUCAUAUUAUAAAUGCAUUAUUAAAAUACCAAAUUACUGGAAUUGCUCAAGCGAAAUGUUACUAGAAAUUUUAAUAUUUGCCAAUACUUUAAAAAUCAUUUAAAUUGUGGAAUGAAU